AGUUAGCCUACUUCAUCCUCCAAAAUUCUAGUCGGCGUACAAAUGGAAUAUAUAAACACACAAAAAUAAGAACUUUUAGAGAGAGUAGCUCCGACUAGAAUAAAUAUGUUUCUUUAAGAGGAUUUGGCGCGGUUGAACAAACCGUUAGAACGAUCAGAGAACCGGCCAAUCAGAAUGGAUCAGUGGCGAACAUCACAGCAUUGCAAUACAGGAGCAACUCACUUUCAGUAAUUAGAAGUACCGAUCCUUUACAGUACUACCGUUCUUAGGCGUCUAUAGGGAUGGAGGCGGUGUACACACAGGGCGUUUGGAUCGCAGAGUUUCUCCAGCAGCAGACUAAUGACUUAGAGCACUUCUGGCUCACAAUCACUCACAUCGGGGAUCCUAAAGCAGCAUUUCUGCUCGUUUUCCCCUUCACCUAUUUUAUUUGUCAGCGAACCGGCGUUGCGGUGCUGUGGGUCGCGGCUCUAUCGGAGUGGUUAAACUUGGUGUUUAAAUGGAUGUUGUUUGGAGAACGACCGUUCUGGUGGGUCGGCGAAUCUCAACUUUUUGUCGAAACACAACCCAAAAUUUCCCAGUUUCCAUCCACCUGUGAAACUGGACCAGGAAGUCCAUCGGGACACGCGAUGGUGACCGCCGCAGUCUGGUGGGUGGUGGUGUCCUCCCUGGGCUCCUUUCUGUACUCCCGCACUGGAAGCUGGCUGAUAUCAGCUGCUCCCUCUCUGCUUUACGUGCUGCUGCUGGUUGCAGUCGGAAUAUCCAGGAUCUUUAUCCUCGCCCAUUUUCCUCACCAGGUUGUUGCUGGAUGCAUUACAGGGUUCAUUCUGGGAAUUCUUCUUAGCCGCAGAGUGCCAGAAGGGCGCCCCCUGCUGUUCUUCUUCAGCUUCAGCGCUGUCCUGCUGCUCAGCGCUCUGAUGCUGCACGCCGGCCUGCAGCAGCUCAGCAUCGACCUCUCCUGGUCUAUAGCUUUGGCUAAGAAAUGGUGCAGCCACGCUGAGUGGAUCCGUUUGGACACAGCCCCGUUCUCCUCCCUGACCCGGGACUGCGGGGCCAUUCUUGGUCUGGGGCUGUCCCUGUACUGGAAGCCCAGCGGAUGGUCCCUGCCGUGGGCUCCCAGAGCUCUGUCCCUGGCCGUUUCAUCCAUGGCUCUCUACCACAUAAACCGCCUGCCGCUCCCAGUCAAUCCGCAGGGCCUCUUCUACAGCCUGGUCUUUGUUAAGUUUGCCCUGGUGCCUCAGAUCGUCAUGGUGCUGGUUCCUGGUCUGGUCCACGUUUUCACACCCAAAAAGAAAAAGGACUAGAAGUGAUCUCCUUCAAACAAGUUCAUUCCCAAAGAAACGGCGCUUUCCUACUUUAAAUUUAUGAUUUAUUUCAGAAACUGUCGUCGGGUGGCGGCUUUAUUCAGAAAACAAAACUUGAUUUUCAGACUUUUUCAUUAGUAAUUUGAUUAAAUAUCUUUAUUUCCAGCCUGUAUUGUAAUAUUUUUUAUUUUUCUAUGACGACCACCCCCUAUCCUUUAUCUAAUUGUGAAUUUUUAUGCUUUUCAAAUGUGCAGUAAAUGUACUGCUGCUGUUAAGUGUUACAUGUGGUUUUAUUUUUGCAGAACUGUUUAACUGCACCAGGCUCAGGCUGGUAGCAGCUUUUUAAACAUUAACAUUGUAGGUUAAAAUAAGUGGAAAAGCAACAAUUAUUCCUCCCGUUGCUGCAUUUACUCACAGUAUUGGUGAUUACAGUUACACUUAUUAAUCAUUUAAUAACUUUAGUUGUUUACUUUAUUGUUUCAGCGGAUUUCUGGAGCUUUGAUCACUUUUUAUUAAUCUGUUCCCUCGAUUAGAAAUAUUUCCGAUAUGUGCAGCCUUGUUUCCCAGCUCCAGAAGUGGGCAACAACAGGUGGGGGUGGGGCUACGUACUUUUUCUGGUAUCUGAAUAAAAUUUUAAACUAUAGGAAAUGUUCUGAUAGUUUUAGAGCUUUAAAACUGUUGCUUUAAGC